CAGCGUCACUAAACCGCCCACGCCUUCCUCCCCCAAUUAUAACGGAAAAAUAGCAUGAAUUCUUAUUAAUUCCUUUUUAAAGCCUUACCUUUUCUCCCUUCUUAAAUUAAUCACCCCCAUUUCUUCUCUUCUUCUUCUUCUGCAAUCAUCUCUGCAUUAUUACAUACGCUGUCGCAAAUAACAAAACAACAAACACUGUUACAUUCUUGAAUACGAAUCAACAAAAGCUGCUCAGCCUUGCUGCAACACACAACAAAAAAUUUGACUAAAGAGGUGUCUCCGUUGGUGGUGAUCAGUUGAAAUCAUUUCUUCCUUUGAUUAAGUUUUCCAAAUCGGUGGCCAUAGAAAAUGACUGAAAUUCCAAAGCUGCAGGAUAUGGGGUCUGAUCUUCUUGUUACAAACUGCCUCACCGGAGAAUUCAGAGAGAAUCAGAUAAUCUCCAUGAAUGGCCUGCACCACUCCACCACCAAAUCUGACAGCUUCGUGGUAGAUAUGGAAAGGUUUUCUCAUCUCAUAGAAAAAGAAAAACUUGCCAAUUCUGCAAAUUCAAGAAUCACUUUGCAGAGAAACCUUUCAAGGAAAGGAUCGAUGAGAGCCGCAGAAAGGAAAGUGAGUAGCAACGAGAGAGAUGCUAGUAUGAUUGCAACUUCACCAAGAGCUACUCUCACGCUUGAAAAGCAAGCGGUAGUGGUGGCGGGGGCCCACGACCACUCCCUUACUACGUCCCAGCUCCAUCAUCAGAUCACCAUCACCAACGGAUGCAUAACCGCCGCUGCUGAAACUAAAGCAGGCGCUACCAAGAGAUUCGGCUUCCGCCGUUCAUCUCAAACUUGGACCAUUAAUCCUAGGAGAAUACUUUUCUUCUUCGCAACCAUAUCAUGCAUGGGAACCAUUCUGCUCAUCUAUUUUACCUUGUCAAUGGGGAAACUCAAUGGCGAUGGCAACGACAACCACCUCUUAAUUAAAUGACCUUUUACUAUGUGGAUUGUGAUGCAAAACAAAAAAUGAAGAAAGAAAGAAUUAAAACUUUUGGCAGAAAAGAACGACAGUUUCAUCACCUUUUGUCUGAGAGUUACCAACCAAAUACAUAUAUAAAGUGUGUGCGCUAAGACAGGGAUGGAGGAAUGCAUAGAAAAACAUAUGAUAUGUGUCUACCCUUUUUUAUGUUAGUUUAGCAUAGUUUGGAGCAAAUGUAGUGGAGCGGCACAAAAGAAAAUUGCCUUUUUUUGUAACUUUUUCCCCUUUCUUCUCAUCUCUCCACCUCUUUCGUUAGUGCGAUUUUAUGUCGAUAGAGAAACACAACCAGUGGAGUGUUAGACACAUCACUUUAUAAUCACAAAACCUGUUCAUUAUAAUUUUGCUCACAAA